GCAGGCGGCGCGCCCGGGGCCGCUGCUGAGCCGGCCGGGGCGGCCCGGACCUGCGGCGGCCAAGCCCUCCUUCUUGCCUCCCUGGGGCCCGCCCGCGGUGCCCCGGCACCCCGACUUCGCCGCAGCCCCUCCAGCGCCACCCCCAGCGGGCCGCAGGGGCUGAUGCAGCCGCCAAGGGCGAGGCUGGUGGGAACAGGCCGAGCUGGAUGGAUGGGCAUGGGGAGAGGGGCAGCGCGCUCAGCCCUGGGAUUCUGGCCGGCCCUCACCCUCCUGCUCUGCAGCCUCCCGGCAGCCACCUCCCCGUGCAAGAUCCUCAAGUGCAACUCUGAGUUCUGGAGCGCCACGGCAGGCAGCCAGGCGGCGGCUGACAGCCCCGAGUUCUGCGCCGCGCUGCGCACCUACGCCCUGUGCACCCGGCGCACGGCGCGCACCUGCCGCGGCGACCUGGCCUUCCACUCGGCAGUGCACGGCAUCGAGGACCUCAUGGGUCAGCACAACUGCUCCCGCGAGGGCCCCACGGCGCCGCCGCGUCCGCGCACGCCCCCCGGCGGCGACAGCCAGGAGCGCAAUGACAGCCCCGAGACCUGCCACUACCGCCAGGCAGCGCCCAACUACACGCACUGCGGCCUCUUCGGCGACCCGCACCUGCGCACCUUCACCGACCGCUUCCAGACCUGCAUGGUGCGCGGCGCCUGGCCGCUCAUCGACAACGACUACCUGAACGUGCAGGUCACCAACACGCCGGUGCUGCCCGGCUCGGCCGCCACAGCCACCAGCAAGCUCACCAUCAUCUUCAAGAACUUCCAGGAGUGCGUGGAGCAGAAGGUGUACCAGGCCGAGAUGGACGAGCUGCCGGCCGCCUUCGCCGACGGCUCCAAGAAUGGCGGUGACAAGCACGGAGCCAACAGCCUGAAGAUCACGGAGAAGGUGUCAGGCCAGCACGUGGAGAUCCAGGCCAAGUAUAUAGGCACCACCAUCGUGGUGCGCCAGGUGGGCCGCUACCUGACCUUCGCGGUGCGCAUGCCUGAGGAGGUGGUGCACGCCGUGGAGGACGGUGACAGCCAGGGCCUCUACCUCUGCCUGCGGGGCUGCCCCCUCAGCCAGCAGAUCGACUUCCAGGCCGUGCACGCUGCUGCUGCCCAGGGCACUCGAGGUCCCCACGGGGCCAGCCCCCCACCCGCUGCCCCCGGGGACACCUUCCCCUACGAGACGGCCGUUGCCAAGUGCAAGGAGAAGUUGCCGGUGGAGGACCUAUACUACCAGGCCUGCGUGUUCGACCUGCUCACCACGGGGGACGUGAACUUCACGCUGGCCGCCUAUUACGCACUGGAGGACGUGAGGUCACUCCACUCCAACAAGGACAAGCUGCACCUGUACGAGAGGACUCGGGAGCCGCCGGGCCGGGCCUCUGCCUCUGGGGCACCCCCUGCCCCCUGGUCCCUCCUAGGGGGCCUCCUGCUCCUGCGGCUGCUCCCCACCCUCCUGGAGGCCGUGGCUGCGUAGAUGGGGGAGCCAGGCCUGGCGCCCCUCCACAGGUGGGUGGCUUUCCGGUGGCCCCAGGUCCCCAGGACAGAAGUGGCCACUGGCCGCCAGGCUGUGGACUGGCUACCUCAGAGUGGGGGGCUCUGGGGGCCGUUGACAGGCUGUGCUGACAGGCGCUGUGAUGUUUGUGACGGUGGACGUCCCCCCCCCCAGUGUGAAUGUGCAAAACCAGAGCCCACGCCCGGCCAGAGACACGGGGAUGGGUCUCCUCCACCUCCCCACCCCCGUUUGGCCCCCCCCGGGGUCCCCAGAUGCACUGAACUGCCCACUGACUGCCGCACGCACACACACUCGCACACUCGCACACGUGACCCCCAGAGCCAGGACCCGGGCAGGGGCUGGGUAUCCUCCAGGCUGGGCCUCUGGCCGUUUUGUCCUAAAGGGGCCGCUCUCCUGGUGUCACCCCUCUCCACAGUCCUCCAGCUGCUGCAGGCAGAGGUUGGGAGUUGGAGAGCCUCACAGCUGGGGACAGUGGGGGACAUCCUGGAAGCCAGCCUAGGUGGGUGGACCCCCUGCACCCCCAGGUGCUUAAGAGCAGUCCCUGAAUCUGAAUGUCCCCACUGCGCGUGACCUUGGGAUUCCAGUUCCUUCCUUUCCCACUGGGGGCUGGAGUCCUGGGUGGGGGUGGGGGUGGAGGGUGAAGAGCUUGUGGAUGGGGCCAGCUGGCCUGCCCUGAUCCACUCCUCACUCGCCUCCCCAGGGCCCCCUCCCCGGCCUGUCCGCUCACCUCUGUGUCCUGGGAAGGGCAGCAGGGCCACCCCUUGCAUCCUAAGACCACACAGCUAGGAGAGACUAGCCACAGAGAUGAGACCCUGCCUCCUGGCAGUCUGGCUGCCUGCCCUAGGGGCCUGAGACCCCCAGGAACUGGGGCAGGGGUCCCCUUGGCCCUCCUGGGGCAGCCUGCACUGUCCCCUCUUCCCACCUUGGGCCUAUGUGGCCCCUCCACUGCCCCCCAAGGACCUCACAUACACUGGCCCAGGAGGCUGUGGUUGCAUCCCGCCUCCCCCUCCACGAGGUCCCCCCUCUUCUGCCAAACCCCGAUUCCCUGACAGGCAGGCAAUGGGAGGAGCACAGCAGCCCUACGCCUCCCCCACUCACCUCCUUUUUUUUUUUUUUAAGAAGGUCCCCAUGUUGGAAGUAAAAAGUGAAGCACUUUAUUUUGGUUGUGUUGGCUCGUGUUCUGCUUGGAAGUGGGGGCCCCUUGCUGCGGCCUGUGUGGUGUGGUGGGUCACCCCUGUACAUACUGUAAAUUAUUUAUUAACUGCUCAACGCAAGUAAAGUUUGGUUUUUUUUGUU